CUUCUAAGACUUUUUUGUUUUCUUUGUUGGAUGUCUAGAUGUCUAAUGACUAACUUAUACUUACACUACUUUCGAGAUGUAUAUUUCCAAGAAGUUUAGCAUCAAAAACAAAUAGGACCCAGUGACCUACUUAAAGUUGCGCUAUCGCUAGUAAUUCAAACUGAACUGAAAUAUGAAACGACUUCAUGGGAGCGCUGACAUCUUUUAUGAAGCUUAUAAUAAAUACAAGUGUGAACGAAAGCUGAAGAAGGAAUAAAUAGCCAGAAAAUAUUCUAUGCAAUUGGCAAAUACAUUACGAACUUAAAAAUGUCCGAAGAUUUUAAAAAUACCCAGUAAUUGGGACGUGUAGCUAUCGUGACAGGAUGACGUGUGACAAUUACCGUGAGGUCGCCGAGUUAGAACCACAGAACUUGAUAGAAUUUCAGACGAAAUGGAUUAAAAGAAUAGAUGUCUGCUCCAAUCUGACCUACAUGUAGACUGGUUAUUUUUAGCCUCUUUGUCUUCAGGGCUUUGCCCUUUUCAGUGCUUUCACUAGUGAAGGGUCAUUUUCCGAGUUUUAAGUGAACCUUUUUAGAUGAUCCUAAAAGUGUAAUAUCGCUUUAUGGUAGUUGUAACUUAGAUAUCCAAGACAUUUGCCUCCUACUAUAAAUUGAUAGGCGUGUAGUACUCUGUACUUUAAACGAUUAACACGACAGUUCCCAAUGUAAUUACAUAGAUCACAGCGAUAAAGAUUAUUUAUAUUAACCAGGGCAAUAAAAUUAACACUCCACGCAACAUAAUUCAUCAUUAAGAAACUCGGUCGUUAUGCAAUAUCAAUUUCAUUACAAAAGGUACAAAUAACCGUUGUCGUUGUAAACGUGCAUUUAAAAAACAAUACUACUAAAUUAACUUUGUUUGUUGCCUUCAAAAGGGUAUUAAUAUUUUCCGAUAACAUUCGUAACAUAACAACUUUGCGCUCGACCAAUGACGGGCUCAGUCCUUUGGCAACGCUUCAGGAAAAUCAACGUUUUGCCUUUAUUCGUCGGUUAGUACGCGAAGGGACCAAUCUGAAAGUCGGUUAGCACGUGGCAAGUCGUUGGGCGGCGCAUGCGUGAACCGUGAACGUUGGUGGGGCGGCGAGGCGUGGCCUGCGUGUACGCAAUGCGUGCGCCGCAGUGCGUAUGAGCCGCUCACCGCGCAUCAAGUAAUUUCCUACAGUGCUCCCGCAAAAUACACAAGAUUUAAUAAAUACGUACCAGUGCGUUAAACUCGAAUGCGCUUUAUGUUAGUGCUCAAGUGCUGUGAUUUGUUUUAUUAUAAGCUUCAAAAUGUGUGCGGUAGAAGAUGCGUGGUUAUUUUCAAAUAUAGCCAAUACACUGGAUAUGAUCGAAUCUUCUCACAAUGUUCAAAUGAUGUCAGCAGUGAGCGGUGAGCCGAUGCUCCGUCGCGUCAAGCAAGAGACAGAUCCUACUCCACAGUACUCGCCGCCGGAGCCCCAGCCUCCGCACACUCAACCACUGCACCCCCGGACUAUGCCUAUGAUGCAGCCAGAGUUGGACAUAGAAACAAAAGAGGACAUAAAGUUCUGCGUGUCUCCGGGAGACGGUACAAUAGUUGGUAACACGAGCCCGGAGCAGCAGCACUGCUCGUCGACCACAGCGGCGGCGGCCAGCGGGGCCCGGGAUGACGACGCGCCCCGCAGGCUGUGCCUCGUGUGCGGCGAUGUGGCCUCCGGCUUCCACUACGGAGUGGCCAGCUGUGAGGCCUGCAAGGCGUUUUUCAAGAGGACUAUUCAGGUGAGUAGGAAGGGCAACAUAGAAUACACAUGUCCAGCAUCAAAUGAGUGCGAGAUCAACAAGAGGCGGCGGAAGGCGUGCCAGGCGUGCCGGUUCCGCAAGUGCCUCCGUACUGGUAUGCUGAGGGAAGGAGUCAGGCUGGACCGCGUGCGGGGAGGCCGGCAGAAGUACAGGCGGGCACCUGAUGCCCCUGCGGCACCCCUGCCGAGGCCACAGUUGGAUGAUAUCAAGGUGCUAGAAGCCCUAAAUUCAUAUGAACCGGAGCUGCUAACCUGCUCAGCGCCACCUGCCGGCGUCACAGACCCAGUCGCCAAGACACUCGCUCUCCUAGCUGAUCUGUACGACAGAGAACUGGUCGGAGUCAUCGGCUGGGCUAAGCAGAUACCCGGCUUUACUGAAUUGCAGUUGAAUGAUCAGAUGCGUCUCUUACAAAGCACGUGGGCGGAGAUGUUGUCGCUGAUGCUGGCGUAUCGGUCCAUGUCGAGCGGGAGCCCGCUGCGGCUGCGGUUCGCGACAGACCUCGCGCUUGAUGAGCAGCAGGCGAGGGAGAUUGGCGCACAUGAUUUAUUUGGACAGAUUGCCGGAGUAACAAAGCGCCUGGAGCGUGCCACAGCCCUCCGCGAGGAGUGCUACCUGCUGAAGGCGCUCGCGCUCGCCAACUCCGAGGCGCGCAUCGACGAGCACGCCGCGCUGCGCCGCUUCCGGGACUCCAUACUGGGCGCGCUCAACGAUGCUGUGUCCGCUCUUAGGCCGUACAACGCGCAGGCGGCGCUGCAGCAGCUGCUGCUGGUGCUGCCGGCGCUGCGGCUGGCGGACGUGGCGGCGCGCCGCUUCUGGGCCGCCGUGCACCGCGAGCGCCGCGCGCCCAUGAACAAGCUGUUCGUCGAGAUGCUGGAGGCCUGUCUGCGGUAAGCCUCCACCCGCACCCACUGCAUUUACGUCCGCGAGGACCCCGCUCACCUUCGAUUUCGAUGAUUUCGUUUCUUCACCGCGGCGGGCGUCGGCACCCGCGCCACCAAUGUACAAAACGAUGGACGGAUCUAGUACAAAACUUGUUACUAUUUUUGUAUAAUAUUAAAAAAAAAAUAUAUCUAGUUUUACUAAAAGUUUCGAGAUUAUUAGUAUGGUCGAGGAAAAGAUCCUCGCCGCGAGCUGUGACGCUACUUAUAGUAUUUUAGUGACCUGAAACGUCAUUAGAUCUGUUCUGAACAGAGUGUUAGUACUGUUAGCUUUAAAGAGACAAAUAUUGUUGUUUUUGUUUUGUUUGGUCGUGGCGCGCCGAGCUCGGAGGUAUUCUUUCCCCGACCGUAUGCAUCACUUGUCUAUGUAUGUCUCGGUAAAUGCGGGGGCCGUAUUCGGCGCAUUUAUCAUUAUAAUAUAACAUUGUUUUUAUUCUGUUUGUGUUGAACGCUAACUAAAGCGCCACCAGCACUGCGGCGGUUUUUCCUAGAAGCUUUCGUUCGUUGAGAGUUUUAGAUCGCUUCAUGGUCUUGACAUUGCAAAUCUCCGAAUAUAAGUACAAAUUUAUAAUUAGAUGUAAGAAUUAGAAUUAUUAUCAAAAAGAAAAUUCUCGAAAAAAUAUUAGAGCACGCUUUUAAAAAUAUGGAGUUCUAAUUAUUUAUUUUUAAAUGUUUGUUGGAUAUAGUAUACGUAAAGGCAAUGCUGUGAAACCGAUCCGCAGUGCAGUAGCGAAGUUAUUAUCCUAAUGUACAACUGUUUUAUAAAAUUAUGGUCAUAUAACAAAAUAGAAUUUAUUUAAAAUAACGUUUUAUGUAGCAAUAUUCACUAUACGAAGGUUAUAAAUGUUUAUCCUGAGCUGUUCCACAAACAAUAUUAUAUUUAUAAUUAAGCUAUUUGUUGUGUAGAUAUAAUAUACCAGUGAAUAUGUCUAAUUCAUGUUAACAAUGACCGGGCAUUGUGUAUAUUAUCCUCGUUUCUCACAAUCUCCGGUCAUUGUGAAUAGUAGACUAGUUGUAGUGACCGUGUUAGAUGGAUGUAUUUUUAAAGGCGUUUAAUGUAGAAAUAUAGAACCCUUGUCCUGGAUAUUAUAAGGUACCCCAGUGUUACAAUUCGCAAUUAAAAAUAUUUUCAGCUGACAAUUCACUGGAGCAAGGAUACUGGAGUCUGCUUCUGUGGAUAUCAUAACAAUGUCGUGAUUGUAACAUAUCUGUAGGUAGUUAGUGUAUAGUACAAAGUACAAGGAAAUAUUCUGGACAAAACAACCCUUAUUCAUGAAAAAGACGCUAAAUACACACGCCGGCACAAUUAGGGGAACACUAAAAAAAGGUCGAUUUUCUUUACAAAGUCAAGUAAUACAUAUUUUUUUUAGUUACACAAUUAUUAGUUGUACUCAACCUAACAAAACUAAAUGUUUUAGUAACUCACACAAUAUUUAUUCUUGAAGAAUUUAACAAAAUUACAAAUAAAUAACAUUGAACAAUUUUUCGUUAUGAUUGAAAUCUGCCAAAAACUUUAAAGUUCACCCAUAAAAGAAAAUUUUAAUACCGGGUAUUGCCGCCACGGGCUCGAAUUAAAGCCUGUAUACGAUUUCCCAUGCUUUGGAUAACGUUGUCGAUCAGUUCUUGGGGCAAGUUAUUCCACUCUCCCACUAACGCCGAUUUAAGUUCUUCCACAUUGUUAGGGGCUAGAUUUCUUUGUCGAACCUUUCUUCCCAGGUAGUCCCACACAUGUUCUAUCGGGUUCAUAGCCGGUGAUCGCGCUGGCCAGCCCAUCUGAGUGAUACCUACUUCAUUAAGGUAGUCACUCACUAUGCGUACAGUGUGACGCCGUGUGUUAUCAUGCAUGAAAAUGAAAUUUUCACCAAUAGAUGGGGCAAAAAGCAUGACAUGGGGUUCUAACACUUCUGUAAUGUACCGCUGUGCAGUUAGCGAUCCAUUACUGAUGAUCUCUAGCUCCGUGCGGGCUCCCAAACAUAUGCCACCCCAUACCAUCACUGACCCUCCACCAUACGACACAGUUCCAGUGAAAUUUGCUUGGCGAUAAUGUUCCCCUCGAUGUCUCCACAUUCUUUCCCUCCCAUCCACGAAAUUUACACAAAAUCGGCUCUCGUCACUGAACAAAACACGGCCCCACUCACUUGUCCAAUCUCGAUGCUCUCGAGCGAAUGCCAGUCUUGCUACACGAUGAGCUACCUCGAGUUUUGGAGCCUUUGCUGGCACGUAAGAGUUUAAACCAACUUCAUUUAACCGUCUUCUAACAGUCCUUUCACUGACAUUCACAUUACGGACUUCUGCUAAACGAUUUCGGGUCUGAACAGCUGUUUGAAGACGAUUUCGUAAAGUCUGCAUGACCAAGAAACGGUCAUCUAAGGCGCUAGUUGCCCGAUUUCUGCCCUGCCCUCGUCUGCGCACGUACGAUCCAGUCUCCCUAUAACGUCGGACGACGCGAUAAAUCACCGAUGUCGAUACACCCAAUGCGCGACUGACUGAGCGAUAGGUGUGCCCUUCCUCGAUCAUGGUUGAAGCCCUGGCUGCAGAAGUUGCUGGUAAAUCACUCAUUUUGUAUCGGAACAAUGUGCACUAUACAAAUGUAAACAGUUAAAUGACCUACAGUUCCCUUUAGCAGCAUCCACUGAAGUUCUUAUCAGAAUGAGUAAAAAACGUUAAGUGAGCAAAAUCUUAAAAAUCCAUAAAUUCUUGUCAAAACACUUACAAUAAGACUUGGGUGUACUUAGAGCAAUCUGUUAUGAUGUUAUUAACACUCAAACCAAAAGCACUCAUAGAAAUAUCCUACAAUGUUAGAAAAAAUCAACCUUUUUUUUGUGUUCCCCUAAUUGUGCCGGUGAGUGUAGAUCUUCUGUUCGUUUACUGUAAAUAAAUUCGGAGCUUUCAGUUAUAGGAAUCUUACGGCGGUUGUGGAUAAGGGAUCCGGUAUAAACUACGGAAGCAUUCUCCAUAUUAAUCGCAACCUGUACCUAAGUGUUACAUAACAUCACAGAUUUAUAAUAAGUAACGAUAUUGGUUUUGUAAAUAUACUUAAUGUUAACAUUUGUGGAACAGAUGAUAUCGAAUACCUCAAUACCUGUUACCAUUAUUGACGACUAUUCCGUUAUGUAUAUAUUAAGUACGAUAAGUACUCAUAAGCUGUUUUGCGACGCCAGCGCCUCUGUCGGCAUUCUUGGAACUAAAGUGUUGGUUAAAUAACUUUAGUAGAGGAUGUUUAUUUUAAUUAGCGUGAAAUUUGAUUAAAUUGUGGUUGUGAGAGUUUCCUUUUCAUUACGCAAUAAAACUAUGAUUCAGUAGCAAACAUUUGUCUGUUGUUUUCUGGCUGAAGAUCCUAAUGCAUCCCAAUAUUUUAAAGAUAUUAAAUAUAACAUUGCAACUGUGUCCAAGACUGCCGAGGAGGUGUGGCAUCGUGUACAUACAUUACAAUAAAAACUAAAGGGAUAACGGCAGAACUAAAAAUUAAGAUGUAUAAAGAAACUUUGAAAGAAAAAUCUAUCCAAAAUUGCACCGCAGUACGGUUAAUUUUGUAAAAUUAUAUGUAAGGAGAAUAAUUUUACUGUUAACUUAAGGUUGUUGUAUUAAAAUAAGGUGCAUUUUUGUUGUGAUUUUGCUCAAAAAUGUGUCGAAUAGUAUUCGCACGGUUCUUACAAGGAUAUGAGUAAUUUAGAUGCUGACGUCAUUGUUCUGUAACCGUCACUUACAAUGAUGAUAUGAUUGAUGGAAAAAUGAAUGUAUUGUUUGUGGCGAACUUGUACAAAAUUCUCCUGUGUAACCCACAAAUAGUGCAUUUUAUCUUGUCUUGUAAGUGAAUACAAUCCAGGCAAGUGACGUCAGAGGUCCUACGAUUCGCAGUUAUGUUAAUUUUUAAUCUUUUUUUGUUUUAUGGCUUAUUAGCUGUUACGUUUCGAUGGCAUUGUGCGAACAAGCCAGUGGUUUUUAACAAACAGAACAACGGUAGAAGUUUAAUGAAACUUUCAAAAAGAUUCGUUAAGUUAGUGAUAGGAACGAAUCAAUGUGAUGGCUUUAGAAUUUAAUGUAGGGAACGAAUAAUUUUGAAAGUUAUAUUUCGGCUCGAUUACACAGAAUUGAAAUUCUACGUAUCUUAAUUCCAUGCGAGUUUAUUUUAACUUUCUGUUGUAGUUAUUCUUAUGUUAAGAAUAUUUACUUUAUUUAUUAGUUUUUAAUGCGUAACCGUGCCGGUGGUAGUCAGCGCGUGUGAGCUGUGAAGUGUGACUGUGCCAGAAUUAUUUAUUAAGUUUUUUAAUAAUUAUCAUCGUUAUUGGUCUGCGAUUACUGAUGUAUAUAGCGGUGUAAGGGGACAUUGUGAUGCAAUGGAGCAGGCUUUACGUCAGGGGACGAAGAAAAAAAAGUCUCGAUUGGUGUAAUAGAAAACCUGUUUAUGUAUCAACGAUAUUAAAUUAUAUUCCAUAUUUUAUGCUAUUGGCAGCUUUAAAUACCCGCUGACGUAAAGAUUGCAGCCAAAAAUUAUGUUUAUAAUGACAAAAAUAUAUCAAAAAAUUUAUUGAUUGCCUUUUAAAUUUUUAUUUGAUUAUACGAACUGAUUGGAUUGAUAAAAAUUGUAGUGUAUAUGUACUCACGAAGUAGGUGAGGUAGUGAUAUGUAAUCUCAGAUCAAACUUAGUGAACCCUAGGUAACAAUAUAAUACCCGUGUCUUAAAUUUUGUAUUUAAUGAAUUCGUACCUUAUUUCUUUACAUAAUGUUAUUAAUGUGAACCGGUCCCGGAUAUAAAAUAAAAUAUAUGAAGUGGUGACAUUUUA